AUGUCGUCCCCUGCCCCCCGUUUCUCAAUGUCAGACAGCGACCGCCAGGCCGACAUCGACGCAGGAUUCGCGCCAAUCGCCUGGGUCGUGACCGAGCCCAAGCUGUACCUGUACCAGGUGGGGCGAUACUGGGUCGAGCCUUACACCCAAGCCGACCACACCUACCUCCUCGAGGUGAUGAGCGUAGACGGGUUCCAGCCGGCCCUGCUGCCCGGGUGCGAGCACGCCUCGAGCUACUAUUCCACUGAAACGCUCCUGUACGACACGAUAGCUCAGGUGUGGAAGGUGCUCGCGACGUGGCAAGACGGUCUGAAGCGCCUUCAGGUCGGCGACUACUGGGCUGCAGGGGUCGUCGCCCCAGGCGACCCCGAGCCGAGCUUUGGCGAUGCGUCGCCGGGUCGCGAUCUCCACGGGAUGGCCGUGGACGGGCUCGCGCCGAGCGCUGGGGCGCUGUAUGAUGAGUUGAUUCAGUUUGGGCCCAUCGAGGGGGUCAGCGUGAGCGUGCGCGGCGAGGACGGCGAGGACGACGACGAAGACGACGACGAGGGUGGCGGCGUCGAAUGGGUUGCACACGUGCGGUUCUGCCACGAGGAGAGCGCGCAGGCGCUCGAGUUUGAGAUGGAGCAGCGCGGGAAACUGGGACCGUUCGUCAUGUACGGAGGCAUGCCGUGGCGUGAUCCGUCCAUGAACAGCAGAAGCCGCAUCACGGCGUCUGUGCACCUCGGCGUGGCGUCGCGCCGCACGGCCAUCUCGGCGUCGGCGUCGGCGUCGGACUCGGCGUCGGAGUAA